AACACUUUACAUUACGCAUAUCCUUGUUGUUCAGAUGAACUGGAUGAACCUACAUGGAGUAAAGUUAUCUUUACUCUGAUCUGACUACGUACGUAGAUGAAUCAGUUCUCAUGAAACGGGAGUUUUCCGUCCCAGGAUCUGCGCUUUAUACAGUCUAAAUUCGUAGUUCAGAUAUAUGUCAUGAUACUGGGAUGGUACCAACUUGUACCUAACCCAAUAUAUGUGUACUGGAUAUUUCUAUGGACCCGAGAUUUUCAGAGAGAAGAAUCUUCUUUCCAACCCCGAAAAAAGACUCUGGGUAUACCAGCUCAAGGCCUGCUGAUUAAUAAAUUCUUUCUCCUGGUCUCCUUGGACACUUGAAAACACGAAGGAAAGCAGAGGAGCUAACAUGGGAACACCAGUUAAUAAACCUGGCUCAAACCCACUACAGACCCAGAGUAUUCCUAUAUUAAACCCGUACCAGGAGAUGGAUCUGGACGGAUACCGACUCAACCCUCCUCCGACCAAGAAAUGGGUCAAGUUUCAAGAUUACGACGAAGAAGCUCUUCUAUAUAAAACAAUUGACAGACGACGGUCCACAAAUGAUAUAUUCACUCUCUCCUCCUCCCUCUCCUCCGAGAGUAGUUUCGGAUCCGCCGGAGAAGGAGGGAAACUCUCUUCAAGAUUAUCCAACCCAUGUCUUGAGGAGGUAACCAAAGAGUUUAUUUUUAACUCAAGUUUCGGUGGAUACAAACAGAACGGAGAUGCUGCAUCCCUGAGAACCAUGUUCGAGCCUCCUUCGAGAAAAUCGUCCCAUCUCCAGCGGGUUCCAACAGGUUCCUCCUUCUGCUCAGAAGAAUCUAUUUCUCCGCUCUGGUCACCUAAUGUCAAACUUAAAUUCGUCGCAUUUGACGAAGUUCGGUCGCAAGAGAAAAGAUCGGCGGAGAUCAAUUUUGAUGAAAUGUCAAAGUAUUCAGCGUUUGAUGAGAUCCGUAAAAGUGGAGUUGGUUCAGGGUGGAGUACAGAUCUGGUGGGUCUCAGUUCGAAUGGUUUAAAAGAAGAUAUAAAGUCUGAUGUUGGAGGUUACCGACCUCGUUCUCUAGAUCUUCUCUCUCCUGGAAACCUAGAGGACAGGGUGACUGUAGAGACCCUCUCAACCCCGGAGAUGACUGGUCUGAGGACGAUCAGCUGGCCGAGAUCGCCGACCAGAUCAUUCGUCAGGAACUUUCCAUAGAUUUUCAACAAUAUUUAUUUCAGUUAAUUGAUUUUAUUUUUCUAUUAAUAUCAUGGUCUCACUGCGUAAAUGUCUUGCUUUCUAAACCUACUGCGUAGUUACUAACCUGAUAAAGGGUAUGAUGGCAAAGGAAUUGAGUCCUUGCCACAAAUUCUGUUUUUCUAAUCCCUAUAUCUUUUGAACCCAAUGUCGUAAACC